CUCAAAACAGUGGAGUCUUCUUGACAUCAUCCACAUCUUGUAUUGCUAGUCGUGCUGAUGGAAAUUUGAGGCAAGCGGAUUUGCCAUAUUAUGGCAAGUUAGAAGACAUCAUUGAGCUUAACUACUAUGGUCGAUUUAGGGUUACACUAUUCAAAUGUAAAUGGGCGGACACUACUAGGGAUAGGGGGUUUAGAAAGGAUAAAUGGGGAUUUCCUUCUGUUAAUUUUUCACACUUGAUUCACAUUGGCGAUCGUGAAGAGGAUGAUCCAUACAUUGAAGCUUCACAAGCUCAAAUGGUAUAUUAUGUGGAUGAUGAGGUGAAUAAAGGUUGGAGCACUGUUGUUCACUUGAAACCAAGAGAUUUAUAUGAUAUGGGAGAAGGAGGAGAUAAUGAAGUUCCUGAGAAUGAGCCAUUCCCUGUGCAAGACUUGGAUCAAUUCUUUGGUGAUGUUAAUCAUCUGCUUUUGUGUAGGGAGGAUGAAACUGAUGAAGUAUUAAAUGAGUGCGAUAAUGAAAAUGAGAUUAGGGAGGAUGAACAUAUUUGAAGAGCCACUGCUCUAGCUAAUGAUCUACUUUUGUAAGCUGGAGUUGCAAAUGCGAAAUGACACUUGAAUACUUAAACAGGAUGGCAGUUACAGUUUUGCAUCUUGCUUUGUAUGCUCUCUGAUAAUUUCCAGUUUUUCUUCUUGAAUUACACAGUAACCUAUUGGAUUUAGCAUGUAGGUGGAAUACUCUACUUUCUUUGAACCUAUUGAAUGCUACUUUGCUGCUAUGAUCCUGUUUUCUAUGUGGUAUUGUUUGAUAUUUGUUACCCAAAUUGAUAUUGUAUAUUAAUGGUGGCUUAUACUUCCGACCAGUAAGUUCAUCUACUUACUUGUUUCUCUAAGAUUCAUUUAGGUUAAGAGUUUAUUUGAUUUCUUUCAAUCUGAAAUCUGCUUAAUAUUUUUUGUAGAGAUGCCGAAGCAGAAUCUGGUUAAGAAUCUAUUCAAAGGGAGCUCGUCACAGGCUCAGUCUCAGUCUCAGGCUUCAUCUCCAUCAUUUGGUCGAGUCUCUUUACAUCCUCCACAGUCUACCCAACCUAUACAACCCAACUUUCCGACUUCAUCAUUUGUUGGAGGCUCUUCAUCAUCUGUUGGAGGCUCAUCACAGCAUGUCGCUCCAUCUUCAUCAUUAGAUGGAAUCUCUUCACAACCAACUAAACGUAGAAAAGUUAGAGGGGUGGAAGUCCACGGUGGUAAUUGGCAUGUCCAACUUAUAGAUGAAGAUGAAGAAGUGACAAAAAAUGCUAGAUUGAAGACUAGGGAUGUCUUUAACCUAGAGAAUGGGUGGCGGAUAAUUGUAGAUUUUAAUGAGUAUGGUUCAGCUAUUGGAAUAUCAGCUGGCCUACUUGCUCAAGUUUUGGGGCACCUUGCCACAAAUUCUCGAUACUUUCCCAUUGGCUUUGAGAAAUGGCCGCACAUGCCUAAAGCAUUUAUCGACCGUGUUUUUACUGAAAUCCUAUUGCCUCGGUUUUUCUUUAGGAUUGAUCAAGAAAGAGCAAAGAGUCAUGUUGAUAGUUCACUCAAUAAUAAGUGGAAGGAGUUCAGGCUAAAGCUAUGGCGUGCGGCGUGGGAUCCAUUAAAGAGUAAAGAAGAAAUCAUCAGGAAAGUUCCAACAGGCAUUCCCAUGGACCAAUGGGCAUUGUUUGCUAAUUAUCGCCUGAAAGAAGAAACACAGGUACUUUAAGGUUUGGCAC